CUUCCAAAUCCUCUAUCAGCGGCGCAUCUCAGCUUUCUAAUUUCAUGCAAUUAAUUCCUCUUUUUCCAAUGGAUCUUCUUCGUCACGCUCUCUUCCGUUCCUCCUCCUCCUCCGCCGCCGCUCUGCUGCCAUUGUUCGGUUGUUCCUCUGAGUUUUUGGCGUCUUCCGCCACUGCCGCGACCGCUCACGUCGGACGAUCUCUCUAUCAUCCCUUGCGUCGCACGAGCCCCCUCCCUGUGAUUCUGUUGUUUAGGUUUCUAUCACAUGCUGGUAUCUCGAAACAGAUGGUGAUUGAUGCAUUAGUUAGCCUCUUCUGUCGUUCUAUUAUAUCUGCAGAGACACUGUGGGAUGGUGGUUGGCUUCUAUGCCAGUUGCUUCCUUAGAGUGAGUCAGAGUUCAACAGCAACCACCUUAAGAUUGUGUUUUGC